UCUCUCAGAUAUGCGAACGCCGGGGCCGAUGUAAACAAACAGACCGUUCCUGCUGGUUACUUUCUACCUUUACCAACUACUGCAUUUUUUAUAAGUGAAGUGAGAACAAAGAAUAGUAUGAAAGGUAAAAAAUAAGGAUUUCAUUCACUGAUACUUUGACCAACGUGUAGGAUUGUAAGGUUACAUAAGGUAUCACCAUGUUGAAGACAACAAGGCAUAGUUCAUUUAUUUUGAAUCGGAGUUGGAGUUUCAUGUCGAGAACUUAUGAAGUGUUGCAUUUAUCAAGAAAAGGGAUUUCGUCAUCUGUUACAAGAGAAAGAGUCUCCAAAGUUCCACAACAUCCUGUGACCACAUCCAUCAAGGAGAAGGAACUUCCCCCAAAGACAAAAGUAGACCUGCAGUUAGUGCAGCUUCUGGAGAAACUCUCGCUUGUGGACUUUGCAAAUAAGGAGGGUGUGGCCAGACUUGAAGCUGCCAUAAAUUUAGCUGACAAAUUGAGUGUAGUUGACACUGAUGGUGUGGAACCUAUGAUCACUGUCCUGGAGGAUAGGUCCCUUCCUCUUGCCGAUGAUGAGGUAACCACAGGUGACAUGAGUGAAGAGCUAUUAGGGUGUGCUGUAAAGACCCUUGAAGAUUAUUUUGUCGUUCCUCCGGGCAACAUUGAUUUUGCUCAAGACGAAGAGUAUUACCAUAAGCUUGGUGAGAAUAAAGAAAAAAAAGCAGUAUAGGAGUAUUAUGGACUUUUUCAUGGGAUAUGUAUAGUGUAUAAAUAUAUUGUGAAUAAUGAUUUAUAGAAAAGGGUC